GAUGCGUAUAACAAUUUACCACGUGAUGUAAAGGUGACGCACCUUUUGGGCACCAUACACAAUGGCCAACAAUCCGAGGAAGCACGUCAGAUGGCUGCGGUACUUUUGCGUCGCCUCUUUACAUCGGAAUUCACUGAAUUUUACAAGGAGCUGCCUCAAGAGUCUCAAGCUCAGCUGUUGCAGCAAAUUUUGCUAGCCGUACAGCAGGAAGUUACUCCGAAUUUGCGUCGCAAAAUCUGUGAAUUGGUUGCUGAGGUUGCUCGCAGUCUCACUGACGAAGAUGGCAAUAAUCAAUGGACCGAUAUCUUGCAAUUUCUUUUCCAAUGCGCCAACUCACCAUCGGCACAAUUGCAAGAGUCCGCAUUGCGUAUUUUUGCCAGUGUUCCAUCAAUUUUUGGUAACCAAGAAGCCCAAUAUCUUGAUUUGAUCAAGCAAAUGCUGGCCAAGAGUUUGGAACCCACAGCUGAUGUGGAGGUGCGAUUCCAGGCUGUACGUGCUAUUGGUGCAUUCAUACUGCAUCACGAUAAGGAUGGAGAGUCGAGCGUGUUCAAGCACUUUUCGGAUUUGUUGCCACGCAUGAUCAUGAUCACCGCUGAAAGUAUUGAGGCGCAAGACGAUCAAAGUUUAUUGAAAUUACUAAUCGAUAUGACUGAAACAUGUCCGAAGUUCUUGCGCCCACAAUUGGAGAAUAUCUUUGAGAUGUGCAUGAAAGUGUUUGCCACUACAGAUGUGGAGGAUAGUUGGCGUCAUUUGGUUUUGGAAGUAAUGGUGUCGCUGUCGGAGAAUGCCCCAGCAAUGGUACGCAAACGCGCCGAAAAGUAUAUAGUAACGUUGAUACCAUUGGUAUUGCAAAUGAUGACCGAUUUGGAUGAAGAUGAAGAAUGGGCCACCUCCGAUGUGGUUACCGAUGACGAUAACAGCGACAAUAAUGUUAUUGCCGAAUCAUCUUUGGAUCGCUUGGCUUGUGGUUUGGGUGGCAAAACAGUGUUGCCACAUGUCAUGAACGCAUUGCCGAAUAUGUUGGGACAUAGCGAUUGGAAGCAACGCUAUGCUGCGCUUAUGGCUAUUUCGGCCAUUGGUGAGGGCUGCCACAAGCAAAUGGAGGCAAUGCUGGAACAGAUUAUGGCUGGCGUAUUGAAUUUCUUGCGCGAUCCCCAUCCACGCGUACGUUACGCUGCUUGCAAUGCCAUUGGGCAAAUGUCUACAGAUUUUGCGCCAACUUUUGAAAAGAAAUUCCAUGAACAGGUCGUACCAGGGUUGUUAUCGCUGCUCGACGACGUACAGAAUCCACGUGUGCAGGCGCAUGCUGGUGCUGCUUUAGUUAACUUCUCCGAAGAUUGCCCCAAGCAUAUAUUAACCCGUUAUUUGAAUGGCAUUAUGUCCAAGCUUGAGAACAUUUUGAAUUCGAAAUUCAAAGAGCUCGUAGAGAAGGGUAACAAAUUGGUGUUGGAGCAAGUCGUCACCACCAUUGCUUCAGUGGCCGAUACAUGCGAGAAAGAAUUCGUUACCUACUAUGAUCGCCUCAUGCCAUGCUUGAAGUUCAUCAUUCAAAAUGCCAAAUCCGAGGAUUUGCGGAUGCUACGUGGCAAGACUAUAGAAUGUGUCAGCUUGAUUGGUCUGGCUGUAGGCCGUGAGAAAUUCAUUACUGAUGCUGGCGAAGUUAUGGACAUGUUGUUGAAGACGCACACCGAAGGCGAUUUGCCAGAUGAUGAUCCGCAAACAUCUUACUUGAUUACUGCUUGGGCGCGUAUGUGCAAGAUUUUGGGUAAACAAUUCGAACAAUACUUGCCGCUGGUUAUGGGCCCGGUAAUGCAUACGGCAGCUAUGAAACCAGAGGUAGCACUACUCGAUAAUGAUGAAGUGGAGGAUAUUGAAGGUGACGUUGAUUGGUCAUUUAUCAAUUUGGGUGAACAGCAGAACUUUGCCAUCCGCACCGCUGGCAUGGAGGAGAAGGCAUCUGCCUGUGAGAUGUUAGUUUGCUACGCUCGCGAAUUGAAGGACGGUUUCGCCGAUUAUGCCGAAGAAGUCGUGCGUCUAAUGGUACCGAUGUUGAAGUUCUACUUCCACGAUGGCGUGCGUACGGCAGCCGCUGAAUCUCUGCCAUAUUUGUUGGAUUGUGCAAAAAUUAAGGGUCCACAAUAUCUGGAGGGUAUGUGGCUGUACAUUUGUCCGGAAUUGUUAAAGGUAAUCGGCACGGAACCGGAGGCGGAUGUUCAAUCAGAAUUACUUAAUUCUUUGGCUAAAUGUAUUGAGACUUUGGGUCCAAAUUGCUUGAAUGACGAGGCAAUGAACCAGGUAUUGGACAUCAUUUCCAAAUAUAUGGGCGAACACUUUGAACGUGCUGACAAGCGUUUGCAAGCUCGCACCGAGGAGGACUACGAUGAUGGUGUCGAAGAGGAGUUGGCCGAACAGGACGACACCGACACAUACAUACUAUCAAAGGUGGUGGACAUUUCGCAUGCGCUAUUCCUCACCAAUAAGGCACAAUUUUUACCAUAUUUCGAUCGCAUUGCACCACAUUUUAUCAAAUUGCUUGAGCCCAACCGCUCAUGGUCUGAUAGGCAGUGGGGUGUUUGCGCUUUUGACGAUGUUAUCGAGUUUUGUGGUCCAGCCUGCGCGGCCUACCAACAGAUUUUCACACCACCUUUGCUACAAUACGUUACCGACAAAUCAGCCGAAGUACGUCAAGCAGCCGCAUAUGGCUGCGGGGUAUUGGGACAGUUUGGGGGCGAACACUUUGCCGUCACAUGUGCUCAGAUCAUUCCGCUUUUAGUGCAAGUUAUAUCCGAUGCAAAGAGUCGCGAACCCGAAAACGUCAAUCCCACAGAAAAUGCAAUAGCAGCAGUUGCGAAGAUCCUGAAAUAUAACAGCAGCGCCAUACAAAAUGUCGAUGAGAUUAUCAACCUUUGGUUCUCUUGGCUGCCCGUAACUGAGGAUGCUGAUGAGGCACCGCAUAUCUACGGAUACAUGUGUGAUCUCAUUCAGGCCAAUCACCCCAUUAUACUUGGCAAUAACAACAGCAAUUUGCCACGCAUUGUCUCAAUCAUAGCACAAGCGUUCGUCACAAAAGUUGUGGCGCCGUUAAACGAUGUGGGUACCCGCAUGCUGGGUAUUGUGAAGCAAGUAGAAUCCAACCCAGACGUUUUCCAGGCAUGCGCUAGUAUUUUGACACCUGAGCAACAGUAUGCGCUGCAGGACGCCUAUCGGGAGCUGGCUAGUGGUGCAGUGCCAGCAACUGCAUAAAAGACAACAACAACAAAUAUAAAUUUAACUGUUGCCGCUGCUGCACUCUUAUAACACUUAAUACACAGUUAUGUAUGUUUAAUUAAUAUUGAAGCGAUAAAAAAGAUAUAUGAGUAUAAAUAAACACGGGUGAUAUUGUGAUGAAUCCACCCACAGUAUAUAGCAUAUAGAAGCCCAAAACCACAGCUCCCACAUACAGCAACAACACGCGCAACAGACAAACACAUCCCAAAGGCAAAUAUGCUGCUUUAAAUAUAACACACAAAACGAACUCAAAAGCUAGAGAA